UAAUUUUCUUUUCAGACAUAAAUUAUGUUCUUCUUGUGUCCGUUUCUAUAUGUAUAAUAACAUAUUCUGAAGAUGAAAUUUAAAUUUAUUUUCAUAAAAGAAAGUAUACCGGAAACUGGCGCUAUCAGAUUUAGAAAAAGAUUGAUAAAGUGAUGUUACGGGAUAAAGUUUCUCGGAACCUGGGUGCUUCCAGGAACCCUACUGACCCCAGAAACCCCGGUUUAGUUGUUUCCAGGGACCUUUCUGACCCCAGAAACUCUUCUACCCUAAAGAACCCUGGACUAUCCGUCCCCUCCAAUAGAUCUCUGAAUAAAAAGUGGCUGAACUCAGAGCUUAAUAGUAUAGAAAAGGUAACAGGCUGGCAGAUGUCUGGCUCCACCCCCUGGUUGGAACCCGCUCCCUUGUUCUACCCCAGACUAGGAUUAGGGCGUGGCAGAGCUCCCUCCUACGAGGCUCUAAAAGGGGCGGUGACUGACCUCUACCGAUUAGACGACUUUCAAACUGAAACACUUGGGGAAGGGUUCUUCAGCGAUGUAUAUAAGGUGACCCACAAAACCACAGGGAAGGUGAUGGUGCUGAAGAUGAACAAACACAAGAGCAACAGAACUAACAUGCUCAAGGAGAUACAGCUCAUGAACAAACUCAAAAAUCCUUAUAUACUCAGGUUUGAAGCAGUGUGCGUCCAUGAAGGUCAACUUCAUGCCCUGACAGAAUAUGUUGCCGGAUGUAACCUGGAGCAACUUCUGGAGGAUAAGGAUAUUGAAUUACCCUGGUCUAUCAGAAUAGAACUAGCUCUGCAUAUUGCAAAGGGAAUUUUAUAUCUCAACUCGCAAGGAUUUUUCCAUCGAGAUCUCACGUCGAAAAAUAUCCUGAUUAAGAAGGAGCCCCGUCUGACCGCAAUUGUUGGAGAUUUUGGGCUUGCUACGAGGAUUCCUAAACCCGGUGAACCAAGACUUCAUCAGGUGGGAUCCCCUUACUGGAUGUCCCCUGAAUGCUUGAAAGGAGAACACUAUGAUCAGACAGCGGAUAUAUUUAGCUACGGGAUUAUACUCUGCGAAAUUAUUGCUAGAGUUAACUCUGAUCCUGACACCCUGCCUCGUACCCAGAAUUUUGGUGUGGACUAUAUCGCCUUCUCGGAACUCUGUCCUUCAGUCCCACCGGAGUUCCUGAAACUAGCCUUUACUUGUGUUAGUAUUGAUCCUGCCAGUAGACCUAGGGUGACUGAUUUGGUGAACUCCCUGAAGCAACUGCUGGAGGAACAGAGGCAAGCUGAACGACAAUUACGGAAUGAAGAACCUCAACACCAUAGGUUUAUUGCACUGAAGAGGUAUAUGUCUGAAGGUGAAGUUACGGUUAAGAAGUCUCCCAGUGAGAAAGCGAGAUUACAUAGUAUCUACCAGAAUUCUACUAGAACAGCUAAGAGUAUUGGAAUGGAGAUGUGUCAACUGGAUCCUCAUUAUACUCCCACCACAGAGUCAUCGGUCAACCCAUUCGCUACCUUGCCCAGGCUCAGGGAGGGAAGGAAGAUAAUUGGGAGCACAUGGGACCUUUUCUCUUCAUGUUUUGAGGUUCCCUCUCCUCGUGUCUCCUCCCCCGUUGAGUGCCCUGGUGCACCGGUACGUAGUUUACCCUCCUCGCCAACAAACACACACCGUGAGCCCCCCUGUCCCCCCUCGAGAACGUCCCCUUGCCCCCCGUCUCUGCAGUCCUCCUGUUUCUCCCCUAUCAGGACAAGUGAACCCUCUGGAAGUACUAGUUUACUCAAGAAGAUGUACUGUAUACGCGGCUGUGUGAGUCAGGAUGACUCAGCUCUGGGGUUAAGUUCUAGUCUGCCUCCAUUCUCCCUACCCCUGCGGAGAUGGGGCUCCGUUGAGUCAGGUUUCUGUUCAACCUCCGAUGAUUGGUUCUCUGGUCCAAUUUCCUCCAGGUCUAUCUGUAGUUCCCUUUUGACUGUAUCCGACCUAGAAGAGGAUUUAAGGGUUGCCUCUGCUUUCCUUACCAAGAAAAGAACUAGUUCAGUCUUUACAGACAGUAUUGAUGAUCUAUCUAGUAGAUUAGAUGAUAUAUCAAAUACAGGAAGUCUGGAGUAUAGACGGGAAGGAUAUGAGAAGGAUAUCCGGGAUAUUGUGGAAUACUUUGAGAGAAACUGUAGAACCAAAGAGAAACCUAUAUUAGGAGAGAGGGAGUUAGAUCUCAGAACCUCUCCCGAAAUCGCAAGGUCCCAGAAGAUUGAAAGUCUAAUAAAACGCGUUGCUGAGAACAAGAAUCGCGCUCGACUUCGUCGUCACACACCUGCGCAGAAUCUUCAAGUUUGCGAUGGGAUAGUGAGAUCGAAACUGCAAUUAUUUGACGCCAACCGUCGGCAGCCCCGGGCGCGAUUUGAGUCUGGUUUCGUAAAAUCGCGCAGAGCAAUGUUCGAUACUGUUCCCACCAAGCCAGGCCGAAAGCUUGUCAGCGAUUUUUUACGCCAACGAGAGACAAAAGUGUCAAAAUUGGCGUCCGCCCAAUCCCAAGAAUUAAGAUCCAAACAGAUAUAAAUGCGUCAAAUGUUUAAUCUUGGUAAAAAUGCGGGAUAGAAAUAAAGUUCAAGUAAGUCAAGCAUUCCUGUUACAUAAAGUGCAAUGUGCAAACAUUAAUACUAUCCUAUAAUGUAUAUACAAAUUUAUGACGUGGGCCCAUAAAUUGCAAUUUAACAGUUUAAACAGUGUAAUAUCGGGUCGUCCAAAAAUAAUAUUUAUUUAUUCGUAUUUAAAAUGAAACAUUGAUAGAAGAAUUUUAAACUGAGCUUUUAAAUUUAAAUUAACACACACAAAAAUCCAAAAAGAAAUCCCCUAAAAUUCAUAAUUAAUUAACUUUAAACAUUGUUACGUUCUCUUCUUAUCCUAUUAGAAGCUAAUUAUACACAAGUUCUAAUUGCUAUACAGGGUACAGGGUAAACCGUGAAUAUGGUAGAUAGGUGACAUAAAUAUCUGUUAGUUUAGUGAAUUGUUACAAUUACUACUUAAGCGUUAUAUAUAUAUAUUGAUUCAAUUUUUACUUUAAUACUGCUUAACCGUUACACAUUUUCAUUAAAUUGUUAUAAAUAACUUUUGAGCGUUACACAUAAUUAAACUGUUACAAAUAACUCAUACGCGCGUUACACAUUUUCAGUGAAUUGUUACUAAUAACUCUGGAGCGUUACACUUAUUUAGCAUAUAGUUACAAAUAACUCAUGCGCGUUAAAUAUUUUAAGUGAAUUGUUACAAAUUACACAUUUUUCUUAAAUUGAAAGAAAUAAUACUACAACGUUGCAAAAAUCAUACUUUUUAAUCUCACAAAAUACGUAGAUUUUGGUAAUAUACUUAUUUCUAUUUUAUAUCACAAGAAUUGAUAAAGUUGUCACAAUUAUUAAUGGUUUUUUAAAUAAUACUCUUGUGCAGCAUAAUUCAUAUCAUACUCGAAGUUUUAUUUCAAGAUUUUUUAUCAACAAUAAUUUU